UUUGUAUCUUUCUACAGCCCUAUUGGAAAUAAUUAUGAAAAAUGGAAGCACAGCUGGAAAUAGCCCUCAUUGCCGAAAACCAUCAGGUAGUGCUGAUCAAAGCAAGCCUAAUUGCACAAAGGACAGCACGUCUGGUAGUGGUGACGGAAAAGGCUACACCAAAGACCAAAUAGAUGGAGUUCUCAGCAUAAACAAAUGUAAAAAUUACUAUGAAGUACUUGGAGUUACCAAAGAUGCUGGUGAUGAAGAUUUGAAAAAAGCUUAUAGAAAGCUUGCUUUGAAGUUUCAUCCAGACAAAAACCAUGCACCUGGAGCAACAGAUGCUUUUAAAAAGAUUGGAAAUGCUUAUGCUAUUUUAAGCAAUCCAGAAAAACGAAAACAGUAUGACCUCACAGGCAAUGAAGAACAAGCGUGUAAUCCACAAAAUAAUGGUAGAUUUAAUUUCCAUAGAGGUUGUGAAGCUGAUAUAACUCCAGAAGACUUGUUUAAUAUAUUUUUUGGUGGUGGAUUUCCUUCAGGUAGUGUACAUUCAUUUUCAAAUGGGCGAGCUGGUUAUAGCCAUCAACAUCAGCAUCGGCAUAGUGGACAUGAAAGAGAAGAAGAAAGAGGCGAUGGAGGCUUUUCUGUGUUUAUCCAGCUGAUGCCCAUUAUUGUAUUGAUUCUUGUGUCAUUAUUAAGCCAACUGAUGGUCACUAAUCCUCCUUAUUCCUUAUAUCCCAGAUCUGGAUCAGGGCAAACUAUUAAAAUGCAGACAGAAAACUUAGGUGUCGUUUAUUAUGUCAACAAGGACUUUAAAAAUGAAUAUAAAGGAAUGUUAUUACAAAAAGUAGAAAAGAGUGUGGAAGAAGAUUAUGUGACUAAUAUUCGAGAUAAUUGCUGGAAAGAAAGACAACAGAAAGUAGAUAUGCAAUAUGCAGCAAAAGUGUAUCGUGAUGAACGACUUCGGAGGAAGGCAGAUGCCUUGAGCAUGGAUAACUGCAAAGAACUGGAGCGGCUGACCAGUAUUUAUAAAGGAGGAUGAACUGGAAUUUUAUUUAUAUCUUUUAGCAUACUAUUUAUUUUUUCUGUGAGUUUAGUUUCAUCAUGAGAGCUAAAGAAAAAGAUUUGUUGUUAAAAACUAAACUGAAUAGUUGGUCCCUGAAAUUUUGGACUGUUUAUGACCUACUGACUCCUUUAAAUAGUAAUAAACUGAAAACUAAAAUCAAUAUUUUAGUUAUGCUUCUGUAAUUAUUUUCACUUUAAAAGCUUUUAUGGUGACUAACAAAAAUGUCUCAAGAAAGGAUUAUCACACCUGUAGCAGUUUUCAGUUUUAGUGAUUCUCCAUUUUUCCCCUUGUUAUGUAAAUAUUUAUGAAAUGAUCAUUUUGUGUACAUAUAAGUUAUUGCCUUUUUAUUUAAAUUCUUUGUGUUUAGCUCCAUGAGAAACUUCAGUUUAAAUUGAUGGAAUAAAUGUUCUGUGACAAAAUUACAUGUUACUUGUCAGAUGUUGAAUGUGUAGAGUUUAAACACUGAAACUUUU